UCAGACUGGGAUGAUCACAAAACUUAUUUUGGGGUUAUUGAAACUUCGGCUGGGUCUUCAUGAGCUAGGAUUCAGAUGGGUGGUAAUGUUUCGGGGGGGGUGAAUGUGAAUUCCAGGUAGAGCUAGCUGGAAAACAAUAGCUGCUUAGAAGGCAGAAGCCUGCCUAUCUGCGGACCUGCCCAUCGCCCCCAGUAACUCUUGUUCUUGUGUGUCCACAGGCAUUGGCAGUAGCGGGCCUGAGCCCCCUUCUCCAGAGAAGCCAUUCCCCCACCAUGUUCCCCAGACCGUGUGCCACCCCCCCUGCCACGCCCGGCAGCCGAGGCUGGCCCCCACAGCCCAUUCCCACCCUGCGGCUGGAGGGUGCUGAGUCCAGUGAGAAACUCAACAGCAGCUUCCCGUCCAUCCACUGCAGCUCCUGGUCGGAGGAGAGCCCCAGCUGUGAUGGGGGUGGCAGCACCAUCCGGAGAACCCGGCCUGUCUCCCUCACUGUGCCCAGCCAGGCUGGGGCCCCGGGGAGGCAGUUCCACGGCAGUGCCAGCAGUCUGGUCGAAGCGGUCUUGAUUUCAGAAGGACUGGGGCAGUUUGCUCAAGAUCCCAAGUUUAUCGAGGUCACAACCCAGGAGCUGGCUGACGCCUGCGACAUGACAAUUGAGGAGAUGGAGAACGCGGCUGACAACAUCCUCAGUGGGGGCGCCCAGCAGAGCCCCAACGGCACCCUAUUACCUUUUGUUAACUGCAGGGACCCAGGGCAAGACAGAGCAGGGGGUGAAGAGGAUGCGACCUGUGGGCCUGCCCUGGAGUGUCGGAAGAGUGAGGAGGAACUCCAGGACAGCAGGGUCUACGUCAGCAGCCUGUAGUAGCCAGGGCUGGGGAGAUGCUGGGUUUUUUAUUUGUUUCAAUGUUCCUAAUGGGUUCGUUUCAGAAGUGCCUCACUGUUCUCGUGACCUGGAGUUAACCGGAACAGCGUCUUCAUUCAUUUCUGUUGGGACAAGACGCAGAGUUGGGUGGUGUGGAGAGCCAGCUUUUCAAGGGGAAGAAAAGCAGCAACCCCAGUUCGUGUCCGCAGAGGUCGAGUGGUGAGGAGGAGGUGGCAGAAUCAGGGAGGGAAAGCAAGGGGAGAGACGCCUACCCUUCUGCUGCAUUUCAGGCCCUGCCUUUGGGCAUGAAAGAGAACCUCAGCUUCCUGCGGCAGCCCUCACCAAAAGGACCCUAUAUCAAACGGGUGUCUUUCAACUUUGCUUGUAAAAAAAAAAAAAAAAUCAUUUUGCACAUAUUCUGUAUGAGCCUCACUGUCUCCAUAGAGCCAGGGCCCUGUGGAUUUGGAGAAUGAGACGGGGGCGUGACUUCCAUGGGGGAUCCCAACCCUACCCCUGAGAGGGAGAAGUGGCCAGAGGCAGCAGAAGCUCCUGGAGACAGGAGCCGAGGGCGACAGGCACGGUCGCAGCUUCUCACCCAGACCCUGGGCGCAGUGGCGGCGGCCCGGCCACCUUCGCCUACCUGAGUCAGGGUCUCUUUACCUGCACAAGCCACGCCGAGCUCCGGAACAGCAGCUGGGCGGCAGCCAGGGCGUGGAAGGAGCUGGCACCGCCACCAGCAAAGGGGCAGCCAGCUCUUGACAAAACGAGGUGGUGCUGAGCUUCUGCUGAGCGCUCUUCCGUUUUGUGGUCUAACAUUUUUCUUGACAGCAUGUUGCAGUUUUUGUUUUCAGGUUUGUUUUGUUUUGUUUUCAUUUUGUUUUCCAAGGGGGAGGGGAGGAAGAAGUGUUUACAGAGUUUUGUAGCCACCCACCUUAAUGUUUUCACUUUUGCCAAUGUAAAUCAGGUUUGGUUUUAUUGUAUUAUUUGAACGGUUGUGGUUUCCUUUUUUUUCCACAGAGGGUUCGAUCGAUCGAAGCCCUUGUAGGAGAGUUUUACCAGCCGUUGUGUAUGCCCAAUAAUUUGUUACAAUUUCCUUAGGUAGUAACGAAUCUUUUUGUUUGUUUGGUUGGUUGGUUUGGUUUCAUAAUUUAAAGGUAAUAGGUAAUGCACUUGAUAUGGUAUUGCACAUAUGGGUGACUGAGUCGGGUUCCUUUUAACGCUGGGUGUGUUGGUGGGUGCCAGAGAGAGGGAACAUGUAUGAGAGAGCAUGCCUCUGUGCAUGGGUGCGUGUGUGUGUGCGUGCGUGUGUGUAUAGUGGACUGGCUGUGUGCAUAUGUUGUAUGUGUGUAUAUGAACCCACACAGCGUGCCCAUACACACGAAUGCAUACGCGGUCCCCCCUUUCUGGUUUAACUGUGGGGAGAACUGAAUCUGGGGCCAUUUGAAAGCAAAAACAAACCACUGUCUCUGCUUCUGAAACAGGAAUCAGUAACUCUUUGCAUUUUCUGUCCCACAAGAUAUGCAAAAACAAUGCAAUAAUAUUCAUUUUAAAAAUACAAUUGUGAGUUGUGUUGGCAUUAAAACUGUAUUUAAAAAAAAAAACGCAGAAAUUUAAGGGAAAAACUGAAGAAGGCGUUUUGCUUCGAUAUAUUCCGUGUAACGUUUUAUUGCAUUCAUAAUGUUUCUGUUGAAGAAACCGUUAUACUUGAAUCCAGGUCAGUUUCAGUAUUUUUCAAAUAUUUUUUUAAAACUGAAUUGCAAUUGUGCCAAGCGAAUAUAAUGAAUUGAAUUAAGUUUGUUUUUGAAUUCACUUCUUGUAUAUUUUGCUGCAUGUAAAGUAAAUCAUUUUGUAUUUGGAGUGUGACAAGCUUUACCUUUGAACUCUAAGUGCUUUUCUAUGUGUGGUUGGGGAAAGGGAAAGAUUUUUCUUUUAAUUUGUACAAUGAGCAAAGGUAUCACCAGUGUAAGUCAUUAUCCUACUAUCGACAAACAGGUUUGGACAUCACUGUUUUGCAUAUCUUGUGUUCACUUCCACUUCCCUCAAUUUUUUCAAAAUCAUAUAUAAUAGGUGUAUUCAUGCCACAUAUUGCUUUGAGUAACCAGGACACACUUAAUUCUGGUCUUCACUUUUUCUGCUGUGCUCCAGUUCCCUAUCUUGGUAUUUCUCCAAGAACAGCCCUUCACCUUGAGAUAUAACGAGGCAUUCUGACCAGCUGCUUUAGUCCCUGGACUGGUGUCAGCACCCCCCAAGGAAGGGGUGGCUGACUUUUCUGUUCUCCCCUACAGCACAAGCCUUCCUCACUGGUUUCCUUAGUGAACUAGACACUGACUGAGAGAAUGAAAUUAGGCUCAGAUGGGUUGGAGGGGAGGAGAAUCCUCACUUCUGGCAACUGCUUUACCCAAACUCAGAUGGUAGGGGCUAGAGAAAGGCAACAUGGGUAAAACCUUGGUCCGUCCAGAAGUCAGCUCUCCAUCUGGCUCAUUUCUCCAUCCUUUCUUCACUCUAGAGCAGAAUUUCUUCUAAACCCACCCUUACAAUGCGUGUGGCAGUCAUGGAAGGAAGGAGCCAGGACAGGGGAGGAAGCAUUGGAGUUUACAGUGAUGCAGAAACGUAUCUUAUGCCCUUUUUUCAUCUACCUAGAACAUCUCCUUAUUGGUGCUUUUUCCUUCGAAUAUAUUUUAACAAUGAUAGUUGGAGAAGGACUGGUUUGGGGAGAAUAGUA